AGGCGGGGCGCGCGCGGUGGGACCCCUCCUUCCCGUCUUCCUUGCGGUCGACAGGUCUCUCUGCCCAGAUCCGUUGCCGAGCCCGGAUCGGAGACGACAGUGCGGCCAAGUGGGCGCGGCCGGCACGAGUUGGGGGGGCAGGGUGCCCGGGGCAGGGGGGCGGUGACCCGGGACAGUGCAGGCGGGAGAAUAGACCCGCGGACCUCAGAGGGGAAUCUGAGAGCUCAGACCGUGAGCGGACGUGAAACUGGCCAGGGCUGGGGGCCAGAAACUGAUCAGCGCUUCGGGGCUCAGCUAAGCGGACGCCAGAGUGUUCUGCGGUGGCGCGGGGGAGCAGGUGAACGGGUCCUCACUCCCAGCUCCACGCCCUCACGCGCUCUCGCCCGGGCCCCGGCACCCAUCCGCAGCCAUGGGGCCCGGCCCCAGCCGCGCCGCCCGCGUCCUACGCCCGAUGCUCUGCGCGCUCGCCUUGAUGGUGGCCACCAGCGACCGCGUCGCCUCCGCCUUCAACCUGGACACCCGAUUCCUGGUGGUGAAGGAGGCCGGGAACCCGGGCAGCCUCUUCGGCUACUCGGUCGCCCUCCAUCGGCAGACGGAGCGGCAGCAGCGCUACCUGCUCCUGGCUGGCGCCCCCCGCGACCUUGCUGUGCCUGAUGGCUAUACCAACCAGACCGGUGCUGUGUACCUGUGCCCACUCACUGCCCACAAGGACGACUGUGAACGGAUGGACAUUGCAGAGAAAAGUGACCCUGACCAUCACAUUAUUGAGGACAUGUGGCUCGGGGUGACUGUGGCCAGCCAGGGCCCUGCGGGCAGAGUCCUGGUCUGUGCCCACCGCUACACCCAGGUGUUGUGGUCGGGGUCGGAGGACCAGCGGCGCAUGGUGGGCAAGUGCUAUGUGAGGGGCAACGACCUGGAGCUGGACCCCAGUGAUGACUGGCAGACCUACCACAACGAAAUGUGCAAUAGCAACACCGACUACCUGGAGACCGGCAUGUGCCAGCUGGGCGCCAGCGGCGGCUUCACCCCAAACACUGUGUACUUUGGCGCUCCCGGUGCCUACAACUGGAAAGGAAACAGCUACAUGAUUCAGCGGAAGGACUGGGAUUUAUCCGAAUAUAGUUACAAGGACCCAGAGGACCAAGGCAACCUCUACAUCGGCUACACGAUGCAGGUGGGCAGUGCCAUCCUGCACCCUACAAACACCACCAUUGUGACGGGUGCCCCUCGGCACCAACAUGUGGGCGCUGUCUUUUUGCUGAGCCAGGAGGCAGGUGGAGACCUGAGGAGGAGGCAGGUGCUGGAGGGCAGGCAGGUGGGCGCCUAUUUCGGCAGCGCCAUUGCCCUGGCAGACCUGAACAAUGAUGGGUGGCAGGACCUCCUGGUGGGUGCCCCCUAUUACUUUGAGCGGAAAGAGGAGGUAGGGGGUGCCAUUUAUGUCUUCAUGAACCAGGCAGGCACCUCCUUCCCGGCCCACCCCUCCCUCCUUCUUCACGGCCCCAGUCGCUCUGCCUUUGGCUUCUCCGUGGCAAGCAUCGGUGACAUCAACCAGGAUGGAUUCCAGGACGUUGCUGUGGGAGCCCCUUUCGAGGGCUUGGGCAAAGUGUACCUCUACCACGGCAGCUCCAGGGGGCUCCUCAGACAGCCCCAGCAGGUAAUACACGGAGAGAAGCUGGGACUGCCUGGCUUGGCCACCUUCGGCUACUCCCUGAGUGGGCAGAUGGAUGUGGAUGAGAACUUCUACCCAGACCUGCUGGUGGGGAGCCUGUCAGACCACAUCGUGCUGCUGCGGGCCCGGCCUGUCAUCAACAUCCUCCACAGGACCUUGGUGGCCAGGCCAUCUGUACUGGAUCCCGCACUCUGCACAGCCACCUCCUGUGUGCAGGUAGAGCUGUGCUUUGCUUACAACCAGAGUGCUGGGGACCCCAACUACAGGCGGAACAUCACCCUGGCCUACACUCUGGAGGCCGACCGGGACCGCCGCCCGCCCCGGCUCCGCUUUGCACGCAGUCAGUCAGCUAUCUUCCAUGGCUUCUUCUCCAUGCCCGAGAUGCGCUGCCAGACGCUGGAGCUGCUCCUGAUGGACAACGUCCGUGACAAACUCCGACCCAUCGUCAUCUCCAUGAACUACUCUUUACCUUUGCGGAUGCCUGAGCGCCCCCGACUGGGGCUUCGGUCCCUGGACGCCUACCCGGUCCUCAACCAGGCGCAGGCUCUGGAGAACCACACGGAGGUCCAGUUCCAGAAGGAGUGCGGGCCGGACAACAAGUGCGACAGCAACUUGCAGAUGCGGGCGGCCUUCGUGUCUGAGCUGGGGCAGCAGCUGAGCAGGCUCCAGUACAAUAGAGACUUUCGAAAACUGCUGCUGAGCAUCAACUUGACCAACACCCCGAGCCGGGAGCGGGCUGGGGAAGACGCCCACGAGGCGCUGCUCACCCUGGCGGUGCCUCCCGCCCUGCUGCUGUCCUCAGUGCGCCCCCCUGGAGCUUGCCAAGCCAACGAGACCAUGACCGUCGUUUGCGAGCUGGGGAACCCCUUCAAACGGAACCAGAGGAUGGAGCUGCUCAUUGCCUUCGAGGUCAUUGGGGUGACCCUGCACACAAGGGAGCUCCAGGCACAGCUGCAGCUCUCCACGUCAAGUCACCAGGAUGACCUGUGGCCCAUGACCCUGACUCUGCUGGUGGACUACACACUCCAGGCCUCGCUCAGCAUGGCGAGUCACCGGCUACAAAGCUUCUUUGGGGGGACAGUGAUGGGUGAGUCUGGCAUGAAAACUGUGGAGGAUGUGGGAAGCCCUCUCAAGUAUGAGUUCCAGGUGGGCCCAGUGGGGGAAGGGCUGGCAGCCCUUGGUACCCUGGUCCUGGGGCUGGAGUGGCCCUAUGAAGUCAGCAAUGGCAAGUGGCUGCUGUACCCCACGGAGAUCACAGUCCACGGCAAUGGGUCCUGGCACUGCCGGCCGCCUGGAGACCUUGUCAACCCUCUCAACCUCACUCUCUCUGUUCCUGGGGACAGGCCGCCAUCUCCACAACGCAGGCGGCGACAGCUGGACCCCGGGGGAGACCAGGGCCCCCUGCCCGUCACUCUGGCUGCUGCCAAAAAAGCCAAGUCUGAGAUCCAGCUGAGCUGUGGCAGUGACCACACCCGCUGUGUGUGGCUGGAGUGCCAGAUUCCUGAUGCCCCCGUCAUCACCAACGUGACAGUGCAGGCACGAGUGUGGAACAGCACCUUCAUCGAGGAUUACAAAGACUUUGACCGAGUCAGGGUAGCCAGCUGGGCCACCCUGUUCCUCCGAACCAGCGUCCCCACCAUCAACAUGGAGAACAAGACGGUGCGGUUCUCCGUGGACAUUGACUCUGACCUGGUGGAGGAGCUGCCAGCCGAGAUCGAGCUGUGGCUGGUGCUUGUGGCUGUGAGUGCCGGGCUGCUGCUGCUGGGGCUGAUCAUCCUCUUGCUGUGGAAGUGUGACUUCUUUAAGCGGACCCGCUAUUACCGGAUCAUGCCCAAGUACCACGGGGUGCGGAUCCGGGAGGAGGAGCGCUACCCAUCUCCAGGGAGCACCCUGCCCACCAAGAAGCACUGGGUGACCAGCUGGCAGACUCGGGACCGAUACUACUGACAUCCUCCCUGAUCCCACCCCUGCUCCCCUAGUGUCCCCUUCUUCUAUUUAUCAUAAGUUAUGCCCUGACAGUCCACAGGGGCUACUGCCUUUGGCUGGCACCAGCAGGCUCGGGCACACACACCUCUUCAAGUGUAUGCACGUGCCAUCCAGCCAUGGCCUUCUCCCCGAAGGAGGGCUGGGGCCGUGGAACUUGCAUUGCUGAGCACUGCAGCCCUGUGCCCUGGACACAUAUGAGCACAUAUGGGUCCCACUGCUUGUGAACUGUGCUUGUGCACCCCAGAUGGUGCAUGGACAUGCGUGUCCCAGCCCUCUGCCUGUGCCAUAACCAAGCCAAAGGGCCUCCACCAGAGCCAGGAGGAAGAGGCCCCCAAUGUGAUGCCACCUCCUCUGUUCACACUGGACCCAUCGUGAGCCAUAGUCACUGGAUUGACUCUGUCCUCAAGAUGAAAACUACUGACAGGCCCCCGGUGCAGCUCCCAGUACCCAUGCCAGAGAGUCGGAGCCUGCCUAAGGUUGUCCAAGGGGGUGUUCACAGGACCUGGCAUGCUCAGACCCAAGAACAGAAGGAACUAGAAGGAAGGUCCCCAGGAUGGCUUUCUUUCAUGAAUCGUUGCGAAACCUCUGUCCUCAGCCAUGGCCAUUCCAUGCACUAGCAGGAAAUUCAGCCCUAAGAAACAAAGAUGGACACAGUGCUAGGCAGCCAGGACACACUGUGCUGGGACUGCCCUGGGAGCACAAUGGAAUCCUCAACAGAAGAGGGGACUGGUCCUGGGCCAAGGAGAUGUUGGAAGGAUACAGAGCAGAUACCACUUUUCAGCCACAUUACCAUCCUGGCCUGGAGGGACCCCCACAAGAUCACAGAGGGAGCGACACUUGAAUGUAGAACAGGGAGGGAGCCCCAUGAAGCCCCAUCAGCCAGACCCCACUCUGCCCGCACUGACCAUGGGUUGGAGACCUAGAAGUGAAGCUCUUGGCUGUCCUUGGCUUUCAGAGCCAGGUUCGCUCUGCCUUCUCCCCUGUGGCCCAUUCUAGAAGUUGAGGCUGGUUCAAGAAAACCUCUCCUGACCCCUGCCUAUUGGCAGACCCCUCCCCAACCCCUCCCCACGUCCAUGGUACUGUAGCAGGGGAGCACCCUCCCCCUCCUCGUGCCUUCUUUGUAUAUAGGCUUCUCACGGCAGCCAGUAAAGAGCUCCCAGUUCGUACACACUGCACCUGCCUCCAUCCACCCCCAUGCCUCACCAACGCCAUUCGGUCUGACGGAUCUUGCUACCUAGCUGACCCUCAGGUAGACAAAGCCAGGUGCAGGGCUCUUAGAGGUUGGGAGGGUGAAGCUCUAUGACGGAGAUAACCUGCUCCUGUUCUCAGGGGUGUCCCAGUCUAAGGUAUGGUCAUGGUCACAUAACUGAGAUCCAGAACAUGAGAUGAAAGAAAAGACCUGAGUAGACUGGAUGGAAUCCAAAAUGGCUUCUUGGUGGACAGUGCGCUGGGCCUGGGGAAGAGGUGGUGGUGUGCAGGGUCUGGAAGAGGCAGGAAGCUACUCUGCUGUAGAAGCAGGUAGUCCCGGGUAAUGGUGGAGUGAGGCUGGGUGCACAGGUGGAGAGCCGAGAGUCCUCGUCUGGUGGCUAAAUUCAGACAAGAACCUGCGUUUCUGCCUCAGUUUCCCCACAACCAGCCCUAGGCACCACGAUGGGUCGAGCAGAAGGUGGACCAGUGACCCAAGCCCGGAAAAACGGAAAGGUCAUAGUAUCCAUGUCCUACCUCUGAGCAGGAGUACCUGGGGCCCUAGUCUGCGGCAGCUCCUGCAGACAUGCUUCUGUCCUGAGUCCACAGCACUGGGUCAAGCUCUCCGCUGCCUCCUCUGCGCUAAGGUUGUCCUAAAUUGUGGCACAGGUCCUUCUGUUAAUUGUCCCUAAGGCGGUGACCUUUGGCAAGAAAGAAGGCCGGAAAUUACUACCCAGAGAAGCCUAGCGGCAGAUCUUCAGUUCAGCUACUCAGAGCCCUCAGACCCAGCCGCUGUCUCGAGCUCCUCCUGACCUGUCUGCCUUCCUGUGCCAGCUGUCUGCCCUCCCCACUCUCUACCAGAGCCCACCCCCUCACCUUCUGUGCUGGGAAUUGUCACUGAUUGACAGUGAAAUGUCCAAUUCCUCCAGAAAACCCCGGCCCCUACCCAGAGCUCUCAGAACCAGUAACCGGAGACCUCAGUUUGUUUUCCAGAAUCUGGGUUAUUCACUGGGCCAGGAAUAAUACACGUGUGGGCUGCCAAAGCCCAGCUCAGGUUGAGCAGAGUUCCGUGCAGCUCCGUCCAGUCCUUUGCAACCACUUCCUGCUGAAGAAAGAAGUGGGAUCUCCACAUCCCUCUGGCCAGCUUCACAGGCCCAGCUUCCCACCUCCUGUGAGCACCUGUUUGGAUAAGAACACACCGUCUGUCUCACACACACACAGUUGUGAGAAUAAGUAGUCAUCUUUCAGGACUGGUGCAGCUACCCUUUCAUGAAAGAAACAUACUGGCAGAGAUGCAGCAAUGUCCACUUUAUAGAAAAGGACCCUUUAUAAUGCCAAGCUUCUUGAGCUCCUUGGAGCUGCGGCACCUCCGAACAGUUUCAGAGGAGGGUCUUGGCUUUUAUAUCACUAAAAGAAUCCAUAAGGUAAUUCUCUUCUCUGGUCACAGGGCUGGAUUGCAUUUCCUGGGCCCUCCUGGCUGGAUGAGGCCAUGUGAGGCCAUUCCGGCCAAUGAGUUGUCAGCCAGAGGGAAGGGGAUCAAUUCUGGGCUGAGACAGUUCAUUGCUGGGUGAGACUCUCCCAGUUCUGCUUCUCCUAACUCUGCUGCUGUGGAAGCCUGUGUUGAGAUAAAGCUUUGUCAAUCUGAGUCCUUGAGAGCCCCCCACCAACCCACGUUGUACAUUUAGUGGGAAAUUUGGGAAUUUGGGGGGUUUUGUUACCUCCCAUCACCCAACCUAGCUUGACUGAUACAUCACACCACACCACUCCCAUUACCACCCUUCAGCAAUCUCUGUAGGAGGAAUUUAAUCCAAGCUCAGAGCCCCAUUAUGGAAGUCCGGCUCUAAGGGGACGAUCAUGGGAAAUCUCUUUCUGUCGCUUACAUGUAGCCUCAGGGGUCAUGGCCUUUUCCUUGUUACUUUAAUUUUGAUAAUAAUAGUAAUAGAUGCUAUUUAUUAAUUAUUUACUGUGUGCCAGGCACAGGGCUUGGCUUUUUACAUAUAGUAUUUCAUACGCUCUUCUGGGCAACUUGAAGACUGCACUCGCCAACAUUGUCAAUGACCUAAUUGCUAGCCUGAGGGAUGUUCAGUGGUCCUCCCUGAUACCUCUGUGGCCUGUCUUCCCGGUGACCCCAACUUCUUUUUUCUCCUUUUCCGUUCAAUGUGCUGGGUGCUGUGCCUGGUGCUGGAGACAGAGUGGUGAAUAAGACCAAUACAGCCCUGCCCUCGUGGAGCUUAAAGUCUAGCUGGGGAGACAGAUGAGUCAGCAGAUGAUUACCACUUGGUGUGAUAAGAGCUAAAAUAGUGCUAGAUCAGGAGGCCUAAGGAACUUUUGGAGGGAGCCCAUAACCCAGCCUGGUGGGGGGGGUCAGUGGCCUGAAGAAUAGGUAGGUGAAAGUGAGAAGAAAGAAUGAUCCAUGGGUAAGAGACAGCAUUUGCAACAGCGGGGAGAUUGGAGGCUGGUUCAAGGCAGUAGAUAAGUAUGGCUGGGAGUUGAGCAGGAAAAUGUGGAGAGAUGAGGCUGGAGAGUUCAGCCAAAUCAGAUCAUGUGAGAGCUAGAAAGGCUCCAGUAAGAAGUGGAGAGCCAUCAAAAGGCUGUGAGCAAGAAAAGUAACACCUUCAGAUUUGCAGUAGAAAAUGAUCCCUGAAUCUCUUUCCUCAUCUAUAAAAUGGGGAUAAUAGUAGCACAGUAGAGCUGUCUGGAGAAUUAAAUGAGAUGACGCAUGCAAACAGUGCCUGGCACAUAGGUUAUUAUUCAUUCAGCUAAGAGAGUCCCUUCCAUUGUGAAGCCUUGCACAUAGCUCUGCAUUGGCUGUAAUUGCAUUCUGUUAUAACUAUUUUUUACUUAUGCAGCUCUCUCUCAAACUGAGAAAUGAAAUAAUCAAGGGAAAAGACCAUGUCCCAAUCCUGUCUAUGUUUCCCGUUCCCAGCAUAUAAGCCUAGCACCUAUUAGGCACUUGGUGAGUGCCAGACAAGGACUGAAGGGUGAAAAACACCUCAAAGGAGCAAGUGGGAGGGGUGGGGGGAACCGGACUUACCGCGUUCCACCACAAGAGGGCGCGCUAUGUUCCCACGAGAGAGCCGGGCUGCUGGGCAAGGGUGUGCUCUCGGCCUCCAGCACAAAUCACCUUCAAGGACCUUUCUCUAAGGAAGCCCAGUGCGGAAAAGGUUGCUUUCUCAGGUCAAAUGAGUAGGGAGCAAUAAAAGUGUUUUGAAAAGUUUAUUGUAGCCGCCGCUAGGCGUUAGUUAGGGGGUUGGGUGUUUUUUAACUGGAAAAGCAAAAUGCCGCGCCUUUUCCUGAGCGCUUGGAUAUUUGUGGAAGUGGGU